UGGCCGAGGUAGCUAACCGACAUGAAAAAUCCCCCCCCAAAACAGUAGAACACAACCUUUUUCCUGCAAAAUUUCGAGAUGCAUCGGUAACAGAUACAUCCUUCCACUGCAUGUACAGCACCGCUCAGCAUGCGCACUCUUUUUUGUCGUCGUUAGGACUACCUCUAUUCCCUCCUAAUUGCUGGUGUUGUGUCCACAAAUAACGGCGUGUUCAUUGUUGACAUCAAGCAGUAUUUCGACCGUAUGAUUCAGCUGGUGAGGCGGUCUUUGUCGUCAGUUGCCCGUGUUUCUGCGUCUUAAGCCUCCCUGUUUUUCCGGACAGAGUCCCCGUUGCCAGUGCGUUCCCCGCACGUUUCCGUGCGCAAAAUUUGUGUGUGUCUACGGCCAAACAACUGCAUUAGCUUUUGAGGAAAGCUCACAAGAGAAAAAGCUGAGAAAAUGUCGUCGCCCUGCUGCGUUGCCAUCCGGCGUGUCGCCAGAACUACACUGGAGAGUGGGCGACGCCAGGUAGACAGCAAAUCAACAGAUGUUUCUCCCUUUUUCACGGGUACACAGCAAAUGAGCCUACCGUCAGCCGGCAUGGUGACGAAAAUUCGAAACUUCAGCAGUGUCAAAUUCAUGGACCAGAAGCGUUCAGGAGAAGAGACUGUGUACUUCAAAAAAGAAGAUGAGGCUCUUUUGCGCAACCUGCUGGCGAACCAUCCAGAAUACGACCCAAAAUAUUCAGUGGAUCACAUGAACGCCGAGGUGGGUUCCAUCGCGCGGGAUAUUACUCUAGCAUGCCAGAAGCAUGGCAUGAAGGAUCCCUCGGCUGCAUUCAUGAAGGACUUAAUCUCGAUUUUUGGUGCCCAUGGAUAUGCUAAAAAUUCGAAAUAGGGCCGGUGACAGUGCUGAGGCGAUGGCGAACUGUUGCCAAAAAAAUUGACAAACUGCACCAAGCAUGUGCUCCUUGGAGGCUGGUGACUACUAAGGGAUAGUUCAUAUCUGGAGUACCGAUCACGGAGGUGUCUGCCUCUGGUACUUGUUUCGCCGUGGUGAACAAGUCCGCCCUGUUGGCUAUCUCAGCUCCAGGCGCUGUCCAAGCGUAUUGAGAGAUCGACGCAGAGCACCGUGGAAAUGCACCCUGGCAAACAUGCAGUGAAUCCGACCCAGGCAAUGUCGUCAGUACGAACCGUUUUGUUCCACAAGGCUCGUUGUGUCAUAGUUUCGACGGAAGAACGACCGCAGAUGUUGGGCGGCUGAAUGGAGGAUGCGCAGAAACCAUUAUGCCGGAUUUUUGACCACGCCAGGCACCGGGUAAAUGUCUCUUUGCGGCUGUUGUCAGUUUCUUUCAGACCACUUUCCGGAACGGCAGUAGCGUGUGUCAGUUUCGCUUUUGUGUGCCGCCGCACAGGGUGAUUGCGUGGGCAGUGUAAAAGGUGCCCUCUCUUUUGGCUUGAGGGUGUUGGCCACGGGAGACGCACGGACGAUGCAAAAGUUCGUCUUUGAAGUGUAGGAUUCUUAGGCUGGAAUGGCAGUGGCAGUGGUGAUAAUGGAGGAAUCGCUUUGCUUUUCCAUGGGAGAGCGUGAACCGUGGGGACACGUGCUCGUAGAGGUUCGGCUGUUGCCUUGUACCUCGUAAACUGUUGGAUCUCGUGAGAAUUUCUCUCACGUUCAGACUCUCUUGAUCGUUUUGUUAGAACAGUACGCUGCACUUGACUGCCAAGAGUUUGUAGGCG